ACGAUUUUUGAUCGCGAACUCUCGAAAAAUGCAGAAGUUAGGGUUUCCAGCGAUGAAAAGCUUGGAUCAGAUCCGAUCGUCGAUGGCGGCUGGAUCCGCGAAGAAUCUCUCCUCCUUCUCCUACUCUCGUCAACCUCACGAUUCCUUCUCUUCAGGAAACUUCUCGAAUCUGAAGCUCACUGCAGAGAAAUUGGUGAAGGAACAAGCGUCUAUGAAGUCCGAUCUCGAAUUAGCGAAUUCUAAGUUGAAAAAAUCCAAGGAUCAAAUACUUGCUUUAGAGGAGAAGCUGCAGAACGCUUUCAACGAGAAUGCUAAGCUCAGAGUGAUGCAAAAGGAGGAUGAGAAGCUUUGGAGAGGGAUGGAGUCCAAGUUUUCUUCAACCAAGGCUCUGUGUGAUCAACUUACUGAGACUUUGCACCACUUGGCUUCUCAGGUUCAAGAAGCGGAGAAGGACAAGGAGUUGUUUGAGUCCAAGUUCUCUACUAGUGCGGAAACAAUUGACUUUUUAAAGCAGCAGAUGCAAGAUCUAUCUCUAAGACUGGGUGAUGCUGAAGAAAACAUCAAAAGCCGAGAGAAGGAACUAGAAGAGCUGCGACUCGAGAAAGAACAGAAAGAAAACUGUUAUCUUAGUGAACAAUGUAAAACUGCCAGUCUCUUAAAGGAGAAAGAUACUAUGAUAGUAAAUUCUGAAGCAGUUAUCGCUGAAGCAAAACUCAAGAUUGAGAAUUUGAACUUCCAAAUGGAGAAGCUGCGGGUGGAGUUAACAUCAAAAGAAGAUGAGGCCAAAUGCCUUGUUGGCGUCAAGGAGAAGUUGGAACAAGAGAAUAUGGAUAUACGGAUGAGUGCUGACAAUCUAUCUGAGAAACUGAUCAACUCAGACCAGGAGGUUAAGAAGCUUGAGGGCUUUGUCCACUCUUUGGCAAGUCAGUUGGCUGAAUUGGACAAAAAGAACUUGGAGUUCAUGGAAAACUUUGAUAAGCUAAAUGCUUUAUAUGGCACUCACAUUAUGUUGCUCCAAAAGGAUAAAGAUCUUACCUCUGAUCGUGCUCAAAGAUUAUUCAAUCAACUCCAAAGAGAGUUCUUGACUGUAAACUUACAGAAAGAAGCUCUGCAAUCAUCAGGUAAUGAGUUAUAUGAACAAAGAGAGGAACUGAAGAAAGCUAAAGAGUCACUGGUUUCCCAACUUGCCGAGGAACGCUCAUCCGCAAGGCAGGCUAUUGAAAAACUAGAGUCUGAAGCAAAAUGUCUAGUUUCAACAAAUGCUGAGUCAGAAGCAGUAAUUGCAAAACUGAAAGUGGAAAUAGAAGCUUUGUUGGAAAAACUGAAGGCUUCAGAGAAUAAGACGCAAGAAAUGAUGUUAAAGCUUUCAUCAUCAGAGCUUGAAAGUAAAGAGAACCAUGAGAAGCUUCAGGCUGAUGCACAAAGAAAGGCUGAGGAAAUGGAGAUCUUGCAGAAAGAGAGCGAGAGCAGUCAGCUGCGUGUGCAUUCAUUGUCCGAAGAGGUGAACCAGCUUCAAAGCGUUAUUGAAAAGAAAGAGCUUCUUAUCAAUCAAUGCAAGGAAACUGAGAAGAAGCUGGACCAGAAAACCACAGAGGUCAAGGAGCUACUAGCAGCUGCUGAAACUAAGCUUCUAGAGGCGAAUAAGCAACAUGCUCUGAUGCUGGAAAACAAGCAGUUGGAAUUAUCAAGGCACUUGAAGGAGUUAUCUCAGAGGAAUGACCAGGCCAUUAAUGAUAUCCGGAGGAAAUAUGAUGAUGAGAAGCAGGAGAUUAUUAAUGAAGAAAAGGAAAAGGUUGAGACAGUUAUCAAUGAACUAUCCGCUAAAUAUGAUAAAGAACUCUCAAAUUGUAAAGCCGAAUCAAAGCAGCAAUUGCUGAGCAUCCAAGAGGAUCAUGCUUCUCUGAUACUUACAAUUCGGAAGGAACACGAAAACAGGGAGUUCAAUCUCAAAGCUAAGCACGAUGAGGAAUUGAGACAAACUCAGAUUCAGGCUGAAACUGAAUUAACAGAGAGGAUAACAACACUCAGGAAUGAGCAUGAUGUUCAGUUGAAAGCAUUCAAGUGUCAGUACGAUGAUGAAUGCAAGAAGCUGCAAGAUGAAUUAGAUCUUCAAAGAUCAAAAGAAGAGAGGCAAAGAGCUUUGUUGCAAAUGCAGUGGAGGGUUAUGAGUGACAAAGCACCUGAAGAACAAGAAGUGAGCUCUAGGAAGAAACACAUUCUCAUGGAUGAAAUACAGGACUCACCUUUUGUAAAGGCAGCAGAAACACCUGUGACUAAGAUGUUGAAGAAAGUCGAAACUGCAAAUACGAGAAGCUUAAUGAGCAGCCAAAAGCAUCAUAGCAAGGUGGCUCGUCGUGAAUAUGAAGUUGAAAAGAACGAUGGGAGGAACACAAAACGUAGGAAAACAGGAGCAACAGUCAUGUUCGAGGAGCCAAGGAGAAGAUCUACUCGGAUUACACCCAAGGCCAAGACCCCUAGAAAUAUCGCUAAGGUGGCAGCCAUAAGCAGUCAUCCACCACGCUCUGCAAACUUCGGAGAUCUGUUUUCAGAAGGCUCACUCAAUCCGUAUGCUGAUGAUCCCUAUGCAUUUGACUGAGUUGAAUCUGAGCACUAAGCUCAAAUCCUAAAACCAUUCUCCAUACUCUUAAAGCUCUUUGCUACACUCUCUGGACGAUAAAUAAAUUGGUCACACCUUGUGAUUUGUACAGACGUUUCCUAUUGCAUCAACUUUCUCAUUUGUUAAUUGGGGGAGUAACUAGUAAUGUUGAAGAGCUUGUUUGUUACCCACCUGUAAAUAUUUUAGAGCUUC